AUGGCCAACGCUAAUGCUGCCGUGAACCAGAGCGCUGUCGUUGUCGGGCUGGAUGCUCUCAAAAACAACGAUGUUGAGUUUGCAUUACUCGAGGAAGCGUUUGGCCCCGCGAGUCUGGGUAUCAUUGUUGUAAAGGAUCUCCCGUCGAGAUUUCAUGAUCUGCGCCACAGACUGCUCUCGUAUGCAUCUGCUCUUGGAAACCUGUCUCAGGACGAACUGGCAAAGCUUGAAUCGCCCGCUUCCAAGUGGCUGGUUGGAUGGUCAUGUGGGAAAGAGACGCUGAAGGAUGGCAAAUACGACACUCUAAAGGGUUCAUACUAUGUCAACUGUGCGCCCGGGUUUGAAGAGCAGCAAAAGGCAGUGGCAGAGAAAUACCCGUCGUUCCCAGAAUACACAGCACCCAAUGUGUGGCCAUCGGAGCAGCUGCUGCCAGGCUUCGAGGCGACGUUCCGCGAGCUAUGUACGCUGAUCAUUGACAUUGCAGCAUUGGUUGCGCGAGCAUGCGACAAGUACGCCGAAGCGAACAUUGAAGGCUAUCAAAAGGGGUACCUCGAACAUGUGGUCAAGACAAGUGUUUCGACAAAAGCGCGGCUGCUGCACUACUUCCCCAGCCCCGCAUCUGGCCCGGAGAUUUCGAACGGGGACGAGGACGACUGGUGUGCGACGCAUCUCGACCAUGGGUGCCUGACCGGGCUGACAUCGGCCAUGUUUGUAGAUGAAGGAGCGAAUGUGCCGCGAGCAGGCGCAUCGUUUGCACCCCUCGAGGAACUUGAGCGAUCGCCAGACCCCAAGGCAGGCCUAUACAUUCACUCGCGCACGGGCGCCGUGACCAAGGUCAGCAUCCCACGCGACUGCCUAGCCUUCCAGACGGGCGAGGCGCUUGAGAUCAUCACCCAAGGCAAGUUCAAAGCGGUGCCUCACUUUGUGCGGGGUGCUGGAGCGGGGGCUGGGGGUGGAAAGGUUGCGAGGAACACACUGGCCGUGUUUACGCAGCCCAACCUGUGGGAGAAGGUGGACGACAAGCGGGACUUUGCAGCAUUUGCCAAGGAGAUUGUUGAGAAGAAUCACUAG